AUGUCAAUCAAUUUCAACAUUUCAUCAAAGGAAACUCAACAAUACGAAUCUGAAUAUUCUGCUCAUAAUUAUCAUCCAUUACCUGUGGUAUUCUCCAAAGCUAAAGGUGCUAAAGUAUGGGACGCGGAAGGUAAAGAAUAUUUAGAUUUCUUAUCAGCUUAUUCUGCUGUCAACCAAGGUCAUUGUCAUCCAAAAAUUAUUGAAGCUUUGGUUGAUCAAGCUUCUAAAUUAACUUUAUGUUCAAGAGCUUUUUCAUCUGAUGUGUUCGGAGUUUAUGCUAAAUAUAUCACUGAAUAUUUCAACUAUGAAAUGGUCUUACCAAUGAACACUGGGGCCGAAGCUGUUGAAACUGGUUUAAAAUUAGCUAGAAGAUGGGGUUAUGUUAAAAAAGGUAUUCCAGAAAAUGAAGCUAUUAUCUUAUCAGCUAAAGAUAAUUUCCAUGGUAGAACUUUAGGAGUUAUUUCAAUGUCAACUGAUCCAGAUGCUACUACUAAUUUCGGUCCUUAUUUAUCAGGAGUUGGUCCACAAAUUCCUGGUGAACCUCAAGGUACCAUCUUAAGAUAUGGUGUUAUUGAAGAUGUUGAAUUAGCUUUCAAAAAUGCUGGUGAUAAAAUUGCUGCUAUUUUAUUAGAACCAAUUCAAGGUGAAGCUGGUAUUGUUGUACCACCAGCUGAUUAUUUAACUAGAGUUCAAGCUUUAUGUAAAGAACAUAAUGUAUUAUUAAUUUGUGAUGAAAUUCAAACUGGUAUUGCUAGAACUGGUAAAAUGUUAUGUUAUGAACAUUCUGAAAAUGUUAAACCUGAUAUUGUUUUAUUAGGUAAAGCUAUUUCUGGUGGUGUUACUCCAGUUUCUGCUGUUUUAUCAUCAAAAGAUAUCAUGUUAUGUUUAGAUCCAGGUUCUCAUGGUUCUACUUAUGGUGGUAAUCCAUUAUCUUGUAGAGUUGCUAUUGCUGCUUUACAAGUUGUUAAAGAUGAAAAUUUAGUUGAAAGAGCUAAUACUUUAGGUCAAUUAUUAACUGAAAAAUUAAAUGGCUUAAAAGAUAAAUUCGGUGGUAUUAUCUCUGAAGUUAGAGGUAGAGGUUUAUUAUCAGCUAUUGUUAUUGAUGAAUCAAAAACUAACGGUAGAACUGCUUGGGAUUUAUGUAUGUUAAUGAAAGAAGAAGGUGUUUUAGCUAAACCAACCCAUGAUAAUAUCAUCAGAUUAGCUCCACCUUUAGUUAUUGCUGAAGAAGAUUUAUUAAAAGGGGUUUCAGCUAUUGAAAAAUCAUUAGAAGCUUUACCAAAUGCUCCAAAAGGUCAUGGUCAUUAG